AUGAGCGGCUCCAAACCGGACAUCCUGUGGUCCCCGCACCACCCGGACCGCUACGUCAUCUGCGAUUCGGAGCUUGGCCUGUACCGCAUCGGUCCGGCGGGCGGCGCUGAGCUCAAGGCCGGCACGCUGCCCCUCUCCGGGGAGACGGCCGCCACUUUGCUAGCCAUCAACUCGGACACGCCCUACAUGAAAUGCGUGGCUUGGUACCCCAAGCAGGAGCCCGAGUGCCUGCUGGCCGUGGGCCAGGCCAACGGCCGGGUGGUGCUUACCAGUCUGGGUCAGAGCCACAACUCUGCGUGCAAGGAGCUAGUGGGCAAAGAGUUCGUGCCCAAGCAUGCCCGACAGUGCAACACACUGGCCUGGAACCCGGUGGACAGUAACCUGCUGGCGGCCGGCCUGGACAAACACCGCGCCGACUUCUCUGUGCUCAUUUGGGACAUCAGCAGCAAGUUCUCCCCGGAGGCCGGCGCAUCCACCGAGAAGAUCCGACUUUCCUCCUCGGACAUGGAUCCGAGCUCGGUGGUGACCAAGCCGCUGUACGACCUGGGGCAGAAUGACGCUUGUCUGUCCCUCUGCUGGCUUCUCCGGGACCCCAAGCUCCUCUUAGCUGGGAUGCAUCGCAACUUGGCCGUUUUUGACCUGAGGAACACCAGCCAGAAGACCUUCGUCAACACCAAAGCGAUCCAGGGGGUGACUGUAGACCCUCAUUUUCCUGAUCGUGUGGCCUCCUUCUUCGAGGGCCAGGUAGCCAUCUGGGAUCUGAGGAAGUUCGAGAAGCCUGUGCUCACCCUCACUGAACAGCCCAAACCUCUAACCAAGGUGGCGUGGUGCCCAACCCGCACGGGCCUGCUGGCCACGCUGACCCGCGACAGCAACAUCAUCCGCCUGUACGACAUGCAGCACACGCCCACGCCCAUCGGCGACGAGACGGAACCCACCAUCAUCGAGCGCAGCGUGCAGCCCUGCGACGGCCUGAUCGGCACCUUCGCCUGGCACCCGUCCCGGCAGAACCGCAUGGUGGUGGUGUCGGCCACUAACCGCGCCAUGACCGACUUUACUGUCUUCGAGCGUAUCUCGCUGGCGUGGAGCUCCACCGCCUCGCUCAUGUGGGCGUGCGGGCGACACCUGUACGAAUGUGCCGAAGACGGGCCCGACGGAGCACAGGGCGUUCUGGAGAAGGACAUCGCCACUAAGAUGAGGCAGAGGGCGCUGUCCCGGUACGGCCACGAAACGGUCCAGGUGUGGCGCAACCACCUGUUGGCGGGGGGAAACGAUUCCCAGCUCAAGUCCUUGUGGUUUGACCUCUCCUAUAUGAAGCAAUGCGCCGAGGACCCGGAGCUAAAACUACAGGGAAAUAAGCAGGCCGUCGUCUACUCUGGUAUCAAGAAUAUCGUCAAGACCAGUUCAGGCACGACGGAGAGUCGCAAGUGCUGGAGCGGCUCGGAGCGGCAGACAGAGGCCACGCGCUACCACAGCGAGGAGCGUGGCCUGGCCCUGCGUCUUUGCGGCUGGACGGGCCGGACGGCUGACGCCGACGUGGAGCCAUUCUUGCGAUCGCUGGAGUUGGAGCGCGAGUGGGAGAGAGCCGCCGCAGUUGCGCUCUUCAACCUGGACAUCCGCAGGGCCAUACAGAUCCUUAACAGGGGAGCCAUGGCUGACAAGGGUGACCUGAACCUGAACGUGGUUGCCAUGGCGCUGUCGGGAUACACGGACGAGAAGGCCUCACUGUGGCGGGAGAUGUGCAGCUCACUCCGGCUGCAGCUCAACAACCCCUACCUGUGCGUCAUGUUCGCCUUCCUCACCAGUGAGCCGGGAUGCUACGAUGGCGUGCUGUAUGAAAGCAGUGUGGCUGUAUGUGACCGAGUCGCCUUUGCCUCCAUGUUCCUCAAUGACACCCAGCUCCCUCACUACGUGGACAAGCUAACCGGUGAAAUGAAGGAGGCCGGCAACCUUGAAGGAAUUCUGCUAACAGGCCUGACCAAGGACGGCGUGGACCUUAUGGAAAGCUACGUGGACCGGACCGGAGACGUGCAGACGGCCAGCUUCUGCAUGCUAAAAGGUUCCUCAGGUGAGGUGCUAAAGGAUCCCAGAGUCCAGUGCUGGAUCGAGAACUAUCGCAACCUGCUAGACGCGUGGAGGUUCUGGCACAAGAGGGCUGAGUUUGACAUCCAUCGAGGCAAACUGGACCCCAGCUCCAAACCACUGGCGCAGGUGUUCGUCAGCUGCAACUUCUGCGGCAAGUCCAUCUCGUACAGCUGCGCCGCCAUGCCGCACCAGGGCCGCGGCUUCAGCCAGUACGGCGUCAGUGGAUCUCCCACCAAGUCCAAAGUGACCAGCUGCCCUGGUUGCCGCAAGCCGCUACCGCGUUGUGCCCUGUGCCUCAUGAACAUGGGCACGCCCGUCUCCAGCUGCGCCGGUACGGGGAAAUCCGACGACAAGGUGGACCUGACGAGAGAGAACAAACUGGCUCAGUUCAACAAUUGGUUCACUUGGUGUCACAACUGUCGCCACGGUGGCCACGCUGGACACAUGCUUAGCUGGUUCAGAGACCACACAGAGUGCCCCGUGUCGGCGUGCACAUGUAAAUGCAUGCAGCUGGACACCACGGGCAACCUGGCGCCCUCGGACAGUGGCUAA